UUUUGGCUCAGGGGUUCGGUCCGUUGUCAGCGUGGAUUCAUGACCAACCGUCCUCCGGCGCCUGGAACUUAUGAUCCGAGAGAUUGGAAAUGUCCGAAUUGCAAGACAUUGAACUUCAAGAAACGCAAGAACUGCUUAUCGUGUGCAAAUGAGCGGCCUCCACAAACUCGCGAGCAAGUAAUGCCUGACUGGCGAACUGGCAAGAAGGAUUGCGGCAUCAAUGUUAAUGCUGACUGGACUUGCCGCCCCUGUGGCAGAUUCAAUCUUGCUUGUGACAGAUUUUGCUUGGCUUGUAAGAAAGAAAAUCCGAGCUGGGUUGAAAUCGUUACAACAGCUGAAGGAAGGUCUGGCCGCCUUGGUGGUCACUUUGACAGACCAGAUCCGGAUGAACCGAAGAAAGAAUGGAACUCAGAUGAUGAGGAGGUGGACGAGUUUGGCCGGAAAAAACGUAGAGGAGCACUCAAAGGCAGUGACAAGCAGAAAGCGGCGCUCGAGAGAUUGCGGAGGCCAGAUGGGCCCAAGCAUGGCUUACAUUUUUUGCACGCCACAUGCAGGAGGACUGGCCGAGCUACAUCAAGAAGUCGCUCCAGAUAAUGACUCCAGCCAGUUUCAGCCUCGUUGUUCUGUAGGUUGGUGCGGAGGCUGAAAUGCUCAGGGAAAAAUGUUUUUUGACCCAUGGCUUAAGAACUC